AAUUUGAAUCACAGCACAUACAUUGAGUCUUCUUGUUCGUGGGCGUGGCCCUUGUGUUCACUGCUUAAGCGCCCAGCCUGCGAUAGAAGGAAGAUUAGCAAAGCAAGAAAAGACAGAGAAAGGAAAGGAACAUUUGGUAUCCUUUUCUCAUUUCUUCAUCCUUUGCGCCUCUUCUCUCAUCACUUUGUUUUCCUCAAAUAUGGAUGAGACCAUGAAAGAGUUCCAACAAAAUUUAACAGAACUGGAACUCGAAGCUGAACAUCUUCUCUUAGCCCGUCAUCAGCUGGUUGAAAAUGAUAGAUUGAGAAAUGGGAACAGAGAAGCACUUACUGCAUUAAGGAGAAGGGCUCGGACAACACAGAGUAGUGUUCCAUCUGCUUUUGAAUCAAUAAUGAAGGGAGUAGCAGGGAGCAGCUCAAGACCUUUGGUGCAAGAGGUUUGCACCACCUGUGGCAACCAUGAUACUUCUGAGCAGACGUGGAUGAUGUUUCCAGGAACUGAUCUAUUUGCCAGAGUUCCAUUUCAUGCUGCUCAUACAAUAUUGGAAACAGAUCAAGCACAGCUUGACUUUGAGGCGAAGAGGCUACAGAGCAUUGUGAAAGAAAAAUCUUACCUUAUUUCAGAGACAGGUGUUCUUGCUGACAAGAUAAGUCCAGGAGUGCUCAAAUCGCUUGUAACCUUAAAUGACAAGGCAAAGUAAGAUGUUUUGCACUGAUUAUAUAGCAUGAAACCUUGUUGCAGCAUCAACUGGGUAGAAAAUGGCAGUUUUCUGGAAGAAAUUUUCUUGAGGCAUUAAGGUUUCUUAUGUAGUGUGUUGCUGUAAUUGUGUGUAAAAUGCCUCUUGUUUUCUUUUCCCAUGUUUAUACUGUGACUUAUACAUUCAAUCCUAGUAAUGGAAUUACUGUUACACACAAUUUGAU